GAAAGCUUUGAAUUCAUUAACACAACAGAUCCAAAUGUGCGACGGGUGGUACUAGAAUUCAACAAGACUGCAGUUAAUCAGUCAAUCAGCUGCCGCACAGAUGACCCAAAUGCUUCUACAACAUUGAUUUUCAAUUUUCGAGAACAGCCUGUUGGGGGCAGAAUUUCUUUGGAUAAACAAGUCUAUACCAUUUAUGGUGUUAAGAAGACUGAUCAGGGGACUUACAAAUGUAAGGCUACAAGCAGUCAGGGGGGUGUUGGGCCAAUUGAAUCCAAGACUGUGGUUCUCAUCGUUCAGGAAGGUAAAUGGCUUUCAUGUCUGUUUUUCGCAAUUACUGGCCAGUGUAUGUGGAAGAGGGCGAAAUCAUUGUGUACUCUAAGGGGCUAUCCAUAUGAUACCAGAAUCACUCAUUCUAUCUUCAUAAUUAUUUCUCUUUAUUUGUUUACAUGAUACCAAAAAAACAUAUCGUUUCUGUACAAGUCAAUCUGGUUUUCUUUCCCAAUGAAAUUAUCGUUCACGUUUGAAAUUUCAUUUUUGCAUCAUGUAAACUGAAAAUAAAUUUCAUUCCAGAUUUAAAAUUGCAAAUUAUAAUGUGUAGUCUGUAAUGAGUGACGCAUGUGUAUCUGAACUAGUUUUAUCAUGUGAAUGCAGAAUUAACUUUACUCUGGAACAAAACUCAUUCUGGAAUUAAAGUCAUUCCAGUAUCAUAUCAAUUUUAAUAUUCAGUCACUUACAUUACAAAGUACAAAAAAGUAAGUUUUAAAAAUUUAAAAUUAUACUCUUUUUAUUAUUUCCAACCCAAAGAGGUUUUUCGGGGAAAUAAUUACUUAAUACAAUACAUGCAACUCCUCAAAAAGUGAGGUUUGUAUUGUUGUCCAAAUUUGAAUUCGCAUUGUGCAUGGAACUUGCAUGGGUAAAUGAGCAACAAGUGAAUGCCAUUUCACUGUAUUUCUGUCAGUUUGGUUGGUCUCUGCUGUUGCUUAGCAACAAAACCAUAACAAAACAAACUUGGCCUAGUUUGUUUUAUGUGCAUGUGUGGAUGCUAUGCUCCUGAUGUAGUAAUUAUGUGACAUAAGAAUGUUUCAACUACUUUAAUAUUUUGCACUGACAUUUUCAGUUUGUUGUCAUCCAGAAAUUUUGCUACCAUGGCAUUGUAAAGUAACGACUUAUCCUCUCUACAGUGCAGGCUCCAGUUGUUCUAGGGGGUUGGGGGGUUUACUCCCUUAUAUAUGGUGUUUUAGCCAUUUUGGUCUGAAAUAGGGUAUCAAUUUUGACCGUUUUGGUCAUAAAUAGGGUAUUAAUUGGUUUGUGCACUCUAGUCUUGAAUCAGGUAUGUUUUUUUUAAUUAACAUUAAUUAGGUAUGUAGGCACGUAUUCUGUACUUAUGAUGGCGCCUUGUGCAACUUGCUUUGUAGUGUGGAAUUUUAAGCUCGAACCUUUGUACAAUAUAAACAUUGCCUUUAACAUUUGUCUGACCUAGGGAACUCAUUAUAACUAAGGCAGGUCUGAAAUUGGGAAAUGAUUUAAGGGUCUGGUCUGAAAUAGGGUAUCAAAUGUUUGAUCAGGUCUGAAAUAGGGUUGGGAAAAAUCACAGACCUGGGUCUGAAAUAGGAUAAGGGUUUCAGGAAGCAUGCUGCACACUCCCACCCAAUUUUUCUGGAAGUACCCCCCACCCUGGGGGGAUAGUGCUAUCCAACUUUUGAACAACUGGAGCCAGGUCCUAAAGGUGUUCAUCUUAGAGGAAGUUGACUGCAGAGUGUAUAGAGUUUAUUGUCUAUUUAAUUCUUUUUUGAAACCCAAUCCUUGUUUUUUUUGUUAGAGACAACCCCGUGCUGUCCUGACAUCUAUCCUUCCUCUGCUAUUUUGAGGCCUGGAGAGAAUACAAGUUUUGCUUGUCGUGUUAAGAUGAGAAGUGGUCACUUUGUUUCCCUAGAAAAAUACCUUGAUUUUACGUGGUACAGGAAAAGUGGAUCAAGCUAUGUGAAAAUUUCUGACAGUGAAACACGCAGAUAUAAUGAAAGUUGCUCACUUUUAAUGAUUGAAAAUGCCAAGGUUACUCCAGUUGGCGGAGUGUAUUACCACUGCGAGAUAUUUUAUCGGAGAAACAAAGUAAAGAAUAGCAAGACUUAUGAUGUUGGUUUGGUGGUUCAUGGUAAGUUGGUAUUAUUUUAUGUUGGUUAUCCUGUGGUUUAUCUUUGGUAUCCCGUGGUUUCCCAUGGAAAAACAGUCAAAGUAAUAAAUUUAGUGUUAAUUUAAUAAGUUGUUUCCAGUUUUCUUGUAAACUGAUAUUUAUUGAAGGGUAAAGUGCGUGUAAGCUUUUAAAAUUAAUUUUGUUAUAAAUAUGCUUGUGGCUAUAAAUUGCUCCUUGUUCUCCGCUAAGAUAUUUUGCAUUCUAAGGAAGUGGUUUCGCUUAAAUUUGCGGGAAAACCGUCUCCACAAGAGUAAAGACACUUGGAAGUUUAUUACAAAUUAAGAAGUGUGAGGACAUAUUUCUAGGGAAAAAAGCCCUACUUCCGGUCGAGACGUGCGUCGUUCAAAAACACCUUUGCUCAAGCUUCCUUUUGUUAGACUAUUCCACUCUUCUACACCUUUGAGAAGUAUACAACUAAGUGUAAAAACUCUGAAUGUCAUGGCCAGGGCUAGACAUAGCGCAAAAAUCAAGAUGGUAAAUGGGUACCCUUUUCACCUUGAUUACACCAUAUAAUGUGUACUAAUGAUCUGGUUUUUACUGCGCUUUUCGAAAACACGCUAACUCUGAGAUUCAAAAGCCGCCUUCACAAUUGCGUUUUUCGCUGCCGUCGAUCAUAAUUACGAUCAAAAGCAACGAACAAAACACACAAAACGGAUCGAAAUCCACUNAAAAAGCCCUACUUCCGGUCGAGACGUGCGUCGUUCAAAAACACCUUUGCUCAAGCUUCCUUUUGUUAGACUAUUCCACUCUUCUACACCUUUGAGAAGUAUACAACUAAGUGUAAAAACUCUGAAUGUCAUGGCCAGGGCUAGACAUAGCGCAAAAAUCAAGAUGGUAAAUGGGUACCCUUUUCACCUUGAUUACACCAUAUAAUGUGUACUAAUGAUCUGGUUUUUACUGCGCUUUUCGAAAACACGAUAACUCUGAGAUUCAAAAGCCGCCUUCACAAUUGCGUUUUUCGCUGCCGUCGAUCAUAAUUACGAUCAAAAGCAACGAACAAAACACACAAAACGGAUCGAAAUCCACUAUUUAAUCACAAAUCACAAACCAUGACCUUUUGAACUCGCUGAAGAAAAGUUCUGUAUCCUAAGAGGUCCGCUGAAAUUAUUGACGGCAGCGAAAAACGCAUGCUAACGCCGUUGGCUUUUGAACUUCGGAAUUCGCGUUUCUUUGAAAAGUGCAGUAACAGAAUUCAGUUUUAACAGAUCUGUACUUGUUUUUAACAGAUUUCAGUGCAACAAGGAUUGAGUAUUGCAAAGUUGACAGCGGAUCGUCUGUGGUUCGUGAACCAAAAGGGGUGAACUUGAGAUGUAAAGCAGAUGGCUAUCCACUUGCAACAAUAAGAUGGUUUCACGAUGGAACGGAGAUCCCAGUUUGCAAAACGGCCACUUCCAAUACUAGCUGUGCCGGAGAGCGCUAUCAAGUAGAAGAAGAUCGCAACAGAAAGUUUGCUUAUGUGGAAAGUUAUCUAAUAAUAAACAACACAAAGUACCCCAGAGAUCAUGGGAACUACACCUGUGUGGCAAACAAUAGUGAAUUGCAAAAUGCAACAAAAGAUGUGGAAAUUUCUGUUUACUGUAUGUCAUGUAGAAAUCUAGGUUUAAUAGUAAUAUUCAGGGUUCAAACGUAGUUUUUUUGGCCUACUAUUCUAACGAUUACUUUAAAAAAAAGCAGUAAAUUAACUAACAGCUUUUUUUUUGGUUUGAGGUCAGGGCCUUCCUGAAAAAGGCGGUUUUUAUCCAUUUUCAAGCCAAAACAAAAAACAAAACAGAAAAGGUGGCUACGUAAGUGCAAACGCACCUUCAGUGCUGAUCCGGUAGAGCUAAAAACGCACACUCAGAUUUAAUGCACGUACUAGGUUUAACAUAGAAUCAGCCACCAAUAAUCCCCUUUUCUUUCACGAGUAUAGUAAUAUUCAAAGCAUGGGAAACUUGGGAGAUUUUUCCCUCCAAAUUCUUGAAAAUUGUAAUCUUGUUUCAUAAGUUUUCACUGCUUAUUCGCAAAUUUUUUCAAGUCAAAAAAUAUGCUAUCUCGGGUGAUGAUAACUUGAGAAAACAGUCGACAUUUCGAGACGCCACCGUUGUUUUUCCGCCAAAUGACGACUGAGAAACGUGCGCAGAAUUCCAUUCUGACGACGUGUCAUUACCCAGGUCAUGGGUAGUGCUUCCGAUUGGUUGAAAAUUUGGUUCUACCAAUCAGAAACACUACCCAGGUUCGGGUAGUGAUGCGCGAGCGCGACGCGUCAUCACUAUAGAAGUAUGGAAUUUGUGUGGUCGUUACUCAGAUGUCAUUCGUGGGGAAACCAGAGCUGGCAUUGCGAAAUGUUAGCUGUUUUUUUUCUUUUUUUUUCAGUCUAUUUAACGUCAAAAAUAAUUUUGAUACUCAACUUCAGUAUGUGUAUUUGCGUGAUUCGGUCAAACAGGCAAUAAAUACUCGGCAAAAAAAGUGAACUGGAAUGAAACAACACCAACUGUGCCUCCGUUUUCGCUAGUGAAGUAAUUGAAUGCCGGCGAACAUGUAGUUCAGUAAACAGUGGUUUCAAUAACCGUGUUUCUUUUUAGGUUUAUGGUAACUGGUUUGACUUACUGUUAAUUGCCUUUCUUAGCCAGGUCUAAGAGACAAAUGGUUUAAUUAUUAUUUAAGUAACGACUUAUUUUGUGCUGAUAAUUUAUUACCAGCUCCACCCACUUUGGACAAAGUCAGAGAAAUUUGGUACUCGACUACAGUUAUAGAUUGCAAGGUUUCUCGGACCAAUCCACCGCCUACAUUCAGAUGGCAAUAUCAGAGAGAACUCUGCUUAAAUGACAACCGUCAAUGUAAGCCGUCAGAUUCAAAAUGGCAAGACGUCUCAGCUCCCUUUUUUGUGUCACCAGCCGUGGACAUAGCAACUGGUGUAAGCAAGCUUACCUUCCCUCAAGAUUUACCAUCUGCGUUUUUCCGUUGUGUAGCUACCAAUCCGAUGGGGUCUGAUGAUUAUGUGAUGAGGUUCUUAGGUGGUAGGUUGAUUUACUUUUUACACCUUAAUAUACUUGAUUGGUUAACCUGAGAAUACAGCCGUCUAUCCUCGCUCCUUGCCGCAAACGUUCUUAGUGGCGAUGAGCACAGCGAGCAGCUGUAUUCGCUGUCUGCUGCUAGACAGGUCUUUCACUGAAUAUGUUUGUUUGUUUAAUUUUAUCAACUCUUUAUCUGGCUAGUUGUUGUUGUUAUUUUUUGCUGUUGUUGUUGUUGUUGUUGUUGUUGUUGGUAGUGUUGGUGUUAUCCUUUCCCGUCUUUGUAUUCAAUUUAUUUCCACUUUUGUCCUUUGAUUCUUUAAAAGCAAGGUAAAAACAUUGUAGAUCGUUCUUUAUCUGUUCUUUCAAUAUUGUCAGUGAUUGAACUACUGUACGUCAAUAAUCGCCUUCGUUAAUAUACUACUAGUACUGUAUUAAGCAAAGUAUUUUCUCUUAUUUCGCAUUACAGGUUCUCACGAUAAACCAAUAAAUGUAAUCGCAUCUCCAGAGCAUGACGAAGGCAACACUAUGAAUCUUACAUGUGAAAUGUUUUGGAAGGGCUCCAUGAUAACUUGGCACAAAGAUGGCGAACAGCUGUCGCGUGCUGCCGAUACGAGAGUGAAUAUCUCAUCAACAGUAAGAACUCAUCUGACACAGACUCACUUAGUGGUGGAGAGAGUUGCGACAAAUGAUUCUGGAAAGUAUACUUGUGGAGCAGAAGAUGACAGUGGACACCACUUUACUGAUUCCAUAAACAUUACAAUCACAAGUAAGUUAUAACUCGUGUAUGCAGGCGUUAAAGGAGCUGUGUCACGAAAUCCAUCCAAAUUAGGAAAUUACAAAAUGUCUGUUAAAUUAAGAGAAACAUAAAAAUAAACUUUAAAGGAAGGUUAAAAUAAUAUAACAGAAACAAGAGAUGCCACGGAUGGGCAAAACUGAAGAAGAUUGAAACGGAUUGAAAUUAGGAUUUUUGAAAACUGUUCAGCCUAACAGUUUUUCAAAGUUGAUCCCUGCUGCUUGCAACUUCAAAAAUAAUGCUCAGGAGACAUAUUUGUUUGUCUCGGAUUUCUGAUUUUGUCAUUUACGCGAUUUUUACGUGUAAUUUCUUUGCUUACUUUAAGUUCCAUAGCGAUUGAGGGCGAGUAAUUCGCAAAAUUAAACAAAAUGGACACAGCCCCUUUAAGCAGUAGCUUUUCUCAGUCAUGAAAACCAAGCUAACCUAGCCAACGGUUGGCUAGAGCGUUGCGUACAUGAUACGCACAUACGCCCGUGUAUACGUACACCUUAAAUCCGGCGCGCUAUUUCGCAGACGGACUUAACCAAAGUUUAGUGGCACAGGCUACCCCAAAUGGAGAGCUUACUUGUAGGCUAAUAAAUUUGCUUCUUCCCUCACUAUUUCAAAUUAAUGUUGGCGUACUCUGUUGGAGUUGAAUUCCAGUGCGCCAUCCAAGUUUUGAAAGAGGAAGAAAACUUUCUUGUCGUUUGAUUUCACAUAGUAAACCUACUCUUUUUACUCUUUUUUGUAUUCUGACAUUCUCGUUGCCGUCGCUGUCGUGACUUUUUAAAACUCCUUGAUAUUAAAUGUCGGUCACAUUGUGUUUCUAGUUAAUUUUCCUUUUCUUGACAGAGGUUUUUCCGCCAACGAUUCUCAGUUUUUCGAACCAAACAGUGUACAAGAACACAACCGUGAAAUUGAGAUGCAACAUUUCUGCUUAUCCGGCUCCAACGGUUGAGUGGUUCAAAGACGGGACGUCUCCUGAAAUGACACCAGUCACUAUGGAAGAGUCGGACUCUUGCGAAAGCAGAAAGCUUCGUCCAGGUUUCUAUCAGGUGGAUAAUUAUGUUGGCCAGCUGUUGAUAUGUUCACCUUCACAUGCUGAUCAAACUGGUUUUUACACGUGUCAAGCUACUAACAGGCAAGGGACAAGUAAUGCCACGGCUUUCUUGGAUGUUUUGGGUAAGGGCUAAUUUAAGGACGGUUAAAUGAAUUUGUGCACUUAAAAUAAUACAGACUGGUCGUUUACUCCUCGCGCUGUAAAUGCUGUAUAUUGACCAUUUUCUGUAUAUUAAAAUCAACUUGAAGAAUAGAUUCUUUUAUUCUGUUUACCCCAAGCCUCAAAGCCAAGUAUGAAUUUAAAUACAGUGGAACCUCCAUGUGCGACCACCUCUCUUAAGUGACCACCUCCCACCUGCGACCGUCAAUCCAAAACACCAAAAUUUCAAAUUUUCCCAAUCAAAGCCUUACAGUUUGAACCUCUAGUAAACGACCACCUUGUGUAAGCAACCGCGACCACUUUUUGAGCCUGACGGUUAAUGAUUUUCCAUUGUUUUUAACCUCUUGUAAUCGACCAAUUGGUGUACAUAUGUAUUCUCUAAUCUCUAUUUUUGCUGUGUGCACUAUAUUACUUAGAAUAUACAGAGAACUUUAGAGACAACAUGAAACUGCAUGUACACAUAUACUACCUUUGACAUUGCAUGCAAUAAAUUAUUUUCCAUAAAGUAGAUGUUCCUCGACCUCUUCUCGCAAGAGACCGCCUGUGGUUCGAUUCUUGUAAACGACCGCCUCCCGUAAGCGACAACUCUAUCUUUGCAUUUUGGGUGGUCGCUUACGGGAGGUUCGACUGUACAUAAGACAUGCUCUGUUGUUACAAAUAUUUCUUUAUUUAUGCAUUUUUCAUUCAUUUAUUUAUUAUUUAGUUAUUUUGUUAGUUAUUGGCCGAUUAAAACGUGGUAUACGAAAAAACUAGCAAUCUACUGAGAAGAUUAAAGGAGACAUAGAGGAUAUCACAUGGCCGCACGGAGAUACGAAAUUUCUCUUCUCAUGUUGAAAAGAAUAUUUCACUCGUUCGCUGCGCUCACUCGUGAAAUAUUUUUCAACACUCGAAGAGAAAUUUCGUAUCUCCAAGCGACCAUGUAAUGUUCUAUUGAUUACAUAAACACCAAUGAAAUGCCAAACCAUUUUACUGAAAUAGUUUUUUGGUCUGCAAGGUGCGGUUUAUUAUGAAGCCAUAGCAAUGGUGAUAUUUUCAUAAGUGAAGAUAACAUGUUAUUUUUACAUGUGAAGAUGACAAUUUUCGCGCGAAAGCUCACUUGGUAUUUCAUUGGUGUUUAUAUAAUAAAAUAUGAUACCAAAUUAAUUUAAAAAGUUACUCCAGCCCCCGUUCCAUUCGCAAUGACUGCGAAGAUUCAGAAAAUUGGAAUAAUCAUGAGAAAGCAAGUACAGUAUACUAAAUAGUAAGCUAUGACAUUGUAACACACAUGCCCAAAAAAGAAGGGAGGGGGGGACUGAUUGAGCACGAACACAAGGUAAUAAUAUAUAGAUUUAGCCAGGGCUAAAAGCGAAGCUCCUGUAUAUUAACUCGAAUUGAUAAUUUAAAUCAAACAAUAAACUUGUUUUCCACAAUUCAGUUAACUUUAGAGCUUAUUCAUGUGACUUUUGAGAAAAGACCAUGGCCGAGUUGUUCAAAGCUGGGUUAAGACAACCCAGGGUUAGUGCGAGAUUUGAAUUCAAAUUUGAAAGCUUAAAAAGCAUUUCAGUUUUAAUUCUUUUUGUCUACAAGUUGAUGAUUGAAAGCUCUAAAUAUAACAGAGAAAAUUAUCCGAGAAAAUGCUUUUGAAAACAAGAAAAAAAAAACCGGGUUAAAUUUAACCCCGGGUUAAGCGCUAAUCGGCCUUCGAACAACUGGGCCCAUAUUUCUAAUACUAAACUAGGAAAAGGCGAUCAUUAUUACAUCCAAACACGGCACAAGGAUCUUUUUUCCCAUUACAAUCUUAUUCUAAGUAAACGUUAAGAAAAAAUGUCCCGAAAAGCGCUCGAAAGUACAAACAAAAUGUGCUCAUGCCCCCUGGGCAUUCUAUAAUGCUCAUUAAUUCAAUAUGGCCGCCGUAUCGGUAAAAAGGUCUAUUGAGCUAUGAAGACCCAUACAUUGGGAGCAGGUUAAUUUGAUGAGCUCAUCUUAACCCGUGAAUGUAAUGAAGCAAUGAAGAUGAUGUGAACUGCCGAAAUACAAAUAUCUUAAAUGAAGAUAUGAUCAUCGCAGUGGUAAUUGCAAUUUUAGCAAUUGCAAAUUAACAUGAGAAAACCCAAGAAGUCUCGAUUUUUUUUUCAACAAAUUGGCCAGCUUUCAGUGCAUGGGUCUUCAUAGCUUAAUUGGUUAGAGCACUGCAGCGCUAACGCAGAGGUCAUGGGUUCGAAUCCCGUUGAAGUCCCGGAUUUUUUCUCGGAUUAAUUUGCAAUUGGUUGAAUUGCAAUUACCACUGCGACGAUCAUAUCUUUAUUUAAAAAAUUUUGGAAUGUCGUAUGAAUUUUAUUUGAAUCAGCCCUGAUAAAAUUUAUACGUCAAGUAAUUGUUCUCACUUCGAAAUUUGAGCCCUACUUAGCAGCUGUGCAUGAUAUGAGUUACCCCCGGCGAGAUUACUAAUUUCCCCUUUGAAGCUGCAAUGAUGUGAUUUGAAAGUCGACGAUUUUUUACAUAAUUAUUGUGUCCACAUCAGAUGCUUNCCGGGUUAAAUUUAACCCCGGGUUAAGCGCUAAUCGGCCUUCGAACAACUGGGCCCAUAUUUCUAAUACUAAACUAGGAAAAGGCGAUCAUUAUUACAUCCAAACACGGCACAAGGAUCUUUUUUCCCAUUACAAUCUUAUUCUAAGUAAACGUUAAGAAAAAAUGUCCCGAAAAGCGCUCGAAAGUACAAACAAAAUGUGCUCAUGCCCCCUGGGCAUUCUAUAAUGCUCAUUAAUUCAAUAUGGCCGCCGUAUCGGUAAAAAGGUCUAUUGAGCUAUGAAGACCCAUACAUUGGGAGCAGGUUAAUUUGAUGAGCUCAUCUUAACCCGUGAAUGUAAUGAAGCAAUGAAGAUGAUGUGAAUUGCCGAAAUACAAAUAUCUUAAAUGAAGAUAUGAUCAUCGCAGUGGUAAUUGCAAUUUUAGCAAUUGCAAAUUAACAUGAGAAAACCCAAGAAGUCUCGAUUUUUUUUUCAACAAAUUGGCCAGCUUUCAGUGCAUGGGUCUUCAUAGCUUAAUUGGUUAGAGCACUGCAGCGCUAACGCAGAGGUCAUGGGUUCGAAUCCCGUUGAAGUCCCGGAUUUUUUCUCGGAUUAAUUUACAAUUGGUUGAAUUGCAAUUACCACUGCGACGAUCAUAUCUUUAUUUAAAAAAUUUUGGAAUGUCGUAUGAAUUUUAUUUGAAUCAGCCCUGAUAAAAUUUAUACGUCAAGUAAUUGUUCUCACUUCGAAAUUUGAGCCCUACUUAGCAGCUGUGCAUGAUAUGAGUUACCCCCGGCGAGAUUACUAAUUUCCCCUUUGAAGCUGCAAUGAUGUGAUUUGAAAGUCGACGAUUUUUUACAUAAUUAUUGUGUCCACAUCAGAUGCUUGUGUUUCUGGGUCCAUGCACUCUAGAAUUAGUCCUGCUUUUGAAAAAGUUUGAGUAGUUGAAAAUUGGAAGAGCUGUUCUCUUGUGGCUCAGCUCAUGUUGAAUUUAAUAAAUGGCUGUUGUGGCUCUUGCUGAACUUAAUUCUGCGAGGGUCAUUUGUUCAUCAAUAUAUAUAUAUUUUUUUUUCAUAGAGGACCCAAACGUUUUUAUAAUCCCAAGCAAGGACGUCUUCCAGGUGAAGCUGGGCGCACUGUGGAAUGUAACAUGCAAAGCCACAGGAAACCCAAUGCCAUUUAUGCAUUGGAGAAAAGAAAAAACACAAAAGGUUGUCACUCCAAAACGCCGUGCCCCUGAAGUUGUGAUGCUAACCAUAUCAUCCGUUACUGAAGCCGACUUGGGAAACUAC